GCAGAUUGUCCUGUGCAUGUUUGAGAAAGAUUACACCGGCAGAGUUAAGAAUACCCGUUUGCUGUGAGCAAAGCGUAGCUGUGAGGCAACUCAAGAGGACGCCUUUGGGUGGGGACCUUGCUGUUACAGCCCAGUAUCACAGGGAAGUGCCAUUUCAGAUUUUCUUGUAUGGACAGGACACUUCAAAAGCUAGAGAAGCCACCUGAGGUCCCAUGAAAUCCAGAACCAUCUACUUAUAAAGUGCUGUUGCCUCUGACUAAGAACAAAAAUUGUUGUUGGAAUAAUAUGCGAACAGAUCAUGAAGAACUCUGUGGCACCAGUUAUGGAUCUUUUUGUCUAAAUGGAGGGAUUUGUUAUAUGAUUCCUACUGUAUCCAGUCCAUUCUGCAGGUGCAUUGAGAAUUACACAGGCGCUCGUUGUGAGGAAGUUUUGCUGCCCAGCAUCAAAUCUCAAACAAAAGGUGACCUGUUUGCAGCUUUCUUGGCUUCCCUUCUUCUUCUAGGAGUUCUUGUAAUUGGAGCAUUCUACUUCCUUUGCAGGAAAGUUUCCAUUACAAGGACAAGUUCUUCAGAGUGUGGUGCCAACCUAGUUGAAACUACAAGCAGCAAUGGCUGCAACAAAAUAACAAUAGCCUAAAGCAUUAGAGUAGAAGAAUGUUGGGGAAACAACAUGCACAGCAACCCUAAGAAUCUAAGUUGUAGAAUCUAAGCUGAAAUGAGAGAAGAAAGUUGACUGAAACAGGAGGCUGACAUGUUGGAGAAGACUAUGUCUA